AUGGCCACCCACAAAGUCUCCGCCGUCACCAUUGACGAGUUCGAACUCCCCAAGGGCCGCCAUGCGACGGGGGCACUGAUAGCCGCGGCCCUGAUGAUCCUGUCUGCGCGCCGCAGAUUCAUCCAGCCCGGCUCGGUUCUCCACGAUCAAGUCAUAGCCAGGAGCGCCAGGGCCAGCAAAUACGCCAAACCCGUGCAAGAUGCCCUCUUCUACACGCUCUAUGGCCUGCAUGGCAUCGAGACCGUCUAUUUCGCCCUGACGAAGCUGAAGAAGCAUAACGUCAAGAUAUUCAGCUCUGUCUGGUUCAAGUGGCUCAUCGCCGUGUUCCUCGGAGGCGUCUUCGUCCAAAAGCAUUUUGACGAAGUGGUGGAGAAGAAGGAACUCAAGACUAUCAAGGAGAUUUAAGUCUGGGGACGUACCAUGGAGAAGCACGACGAGGUCGCUGUCGAACAUGGGGAUAAGGACUGUCUCUCGACGCUAUGAAGGAAGCAGGAGUUUCCUGGAGGAUAUCUAUGUCUUGGAAGAAAGAAAUGCUGAAGUGGCAUCCAAAAUAAAAAAUAUUCCCUGUCGUCAUUUGAUGGUGAACAAAUGCUUCCAUCUUCAGCUGGCG